CUGAGAGAAUUCGCCAACUUUGAUUUUGAUAUUUGGAGGAAGAAAUACAUGCGGUGGAUGAACCAUAAGAAGUCCCGUGUGAUGGACUUCUUCAGGAGGAUCGAUAAAGAUCAGGAUGGCAAGAUAACGAGGCAGGAAUUCAUCGACGGAAUCCUCUCUUCAAAGUUCCCCACGAGCCGGCUGGAGAUGAGCGCUGUCGCAGACAUCUUCGACAGGGACGGGGACGGGUACAUUGACUACUACGAGUUCGUGGCCGCUCUCCAUCCGAACAAGGACGCGUACAAACCCCUGACGGACGCUGACAAAAUCGAAGACGAGGUCACGAGGCAGGUAGCCAAGUGUAAAUGUGCAAAACGUUUCCAAGUGGAACAGAUUGGGGAUAACAAGUACAGGUUCGGUGACUCCCAGCAGCUGCGCCUCGUUCGCAUCCUGAGGAGCACGGUGAUGGUUCGCGUCGGAGGGGGCUGGAUGGCGCUGGACGAGUUCCUGGUGAAGAACGAUCCCUGCAGGGCCAAGGGGAGGACCAACGUGGAGCUGCGCGAGAAGUUCAUUCUGGCGGAUGGGGUCAGCCAGAGCAUGUCCGCGUUCCGGCCACGGGGACGACGCUCGCGGCCCUCGUCCAGGGGGGCCUCUCCCAACAGAUCCACGUCGCUGUCCAGCCAGGCCGCCCAGGCCGCUGCCCCGCAGGCCACCAGCACGCCCAAGGGAACGCCGAUCCAGGGCAGCAAGCUGCGGCUGCCCGGGUACCUGUCGGGGAAGGGCUUCCACUCCGGCGACGACAGCGGGAUCCUGUCCACAGCGGCCUCCAGGGUCAGAGCGCAGUUUGCAG